CGGAAUCUAAGAGGAAUGUGUUAAAUUUGGAAAUAACUACGAUGCGGAUUCGGAGUUGAAUUCCGUGGAGUAAACGACGGGAAAUCAAGAAAGCAGAGAUGAGCUGAACGAUGACCGGACUCUUCAUCACAACGUACACUGAACCGUAGAUAGGUUCCUCCCGCCUUCAAUUUUCAUUUUUCUUCAGCACUUUUCCUCGUGCUGCGUCGAGGCCAGGGAAACAGGGCAGCACCACACCGCAAACAUGCUGCUGUGGGUACAACACAUGAGUUUAGAAUAUUAUAUUGAAGAAGAAGACCGUAAGUAGGAAGGGAUCGGGGAAAGUUAAGCGGUGACGUCCAGUGCCUGCAAAGGUGGAGGACGAGCAGGGAACGAGUCUGAUGGCUCGGCGACUGGGUCGAAUUUCCAUCUGAGGUGGAAGCUACGAAGGUGCAGCUUUUACUAAGAUUUCGUUCGCCGGUGGUUUGAGCAAUUGAUCAUCUUGUUGAAAUUGACGACGUUGCGAGGUGGUGUUGGCUCGGCAAGGUAUGGGCCAAAGAUCCUGGUAGUUCUAGGACUUCGACAGGCCUUUCGAUUCGGCAUCAGGUGCGCAUCUGUUCUGUGGUUAUUCUAACUAUGCGAAUGUGUGUGUCAAUUUUAAACGACUGGCCCCGUUUGGAGUGCACACGCGAUUAGUAUUGGGGGAAGCAGAAUUCAGGCUAUUACUCUAGUCUGCAGAACGACCCACGUAUCGACUGUCCGAUGCGUGGGUUCUUCCUUUUGAGGUGGCGGAAGAAGAGGAUAAGCAGUCCGCAAUCGACGAAAAAGUGAAAUUGGUCCCUCAUGGUCGAGUGCCGCAACAGAGAUCUUGCGAGCAGACGAUUUGGCAAGCAUUAUUGUCUUCUCAUCGAUUUCAGGUACUCAGAAGUUUGUUCGAUGGACAUUGGAGGCAUCUUGAAUCGGACUAUCAUGCACGGCCGCUUCCUCGACGAAUCAUUUCUUUCCAAGCGUGCACUUUCUUUAUCUUUUUCUGGUUUAAUAAGUAGGGCGUUGAAAGUUCAUGUUGCAACCCUGGUAUGGAACCAAAGGAUAGUUGACUUGAAGUAUGUUUUUUGAUGAAAGCUCUGCUUCAGUACUGAAUGAUGUUUUCAGCACUCGCAGAGGUUUCCUUUACAUCUUUUGCAGUGAGGAAGAGCUAUCAGAAUAAAAUCAGAUAUAACAGUUUGUCUAGAACGAAGCUUGAAGAGACCUUCCUAAUUUUCGCCCAUUUGCAAGCAGCUCAUUGCCACGCGAGUCUUGUCAAGGUUUAGUAGAUUUGAUAUCUAUCCUUUCUAAUGUGAUAUAUCCUUGAAAACAAGGAAGUUGUUUGGAUUCACCGAAGAGCUUUGAAUGCUCACAUAUUGAUGGUUCCAAGAUAAUUCCUCAUAGUGCCCCACCACUUCCGUUUUGUUAUCCUGUUCUAUAGAGUAAAGAAUUUGUCCUGCUUAACCCAUAAAGCAAAGUUGUUUUGCAGUGUUUUCAUUCACAGUUUUUUGUAGCGUUUUAUCAUUCUGCGUUAUUUUAUAUUCAUACUUCGUAGAAACCAAGGUCUUACUCUUGUCUCAGGUGAAUUGUGCUUCUGUAGAAAAAAGUGAAAUAUUUGACAAGUUCAUUUUGUGUAUCACAAGGUCCGGGUCUUUGAAGGGAGUUUUGUUUUAUAUAGAUUGAUUAGAACUUGAGAUAUCUUAUUCUUCUCUUUGUGAGAAUGAAAAAGCUGUUGUUCAUUAUUC